GGCCUGCUCGUCGGCAUCGACCUUGGCACCACCAACUCGGCCAUAGCGCUGUUGCGAGGCGGCGAGCCGUCGCUGCUCCCGAACGCGCGCGGCGAGCCGCUGACACCUUCCACCGUCGCCUUCACCGGCGACGGCACCGUGCUGGUGGGCGCGGCCGCCGACCUUCAGGCCAGCCAGAACGUGCGCAACACGGUGGUGGCGGCCAAGCGCUUCAUUGGGCGGACCGUGCGCCAGUGCAAGGCCGAGAUUGCACGUGCGCAGUAUACGGUGGUCGGCGACGAGGAGGGCGCCGCCAUGUUUCGGCUUCCUGCGGUGGGCGAUCUGAGUCCGGAGGAGGCCGGCGCGUGCGUGCUGGCCGAGCUGCUCGGGGCGCUCGACGUCCCGGCGAGCGAGAUCUGCCGCGCAGUCGUGACCGUGCCCGCCUACUUCGACGCGCCUCAGAGGCAGGCGACGCUCGCAGCGGCCCGGCUCGCCGGGCUC